AUGGCUGCCUCCCAGCAAUGGAGCUACCCUCUUCCCGACAUGACCUCCAACACCGGCGUCUCUGCAAACGACUCUUCUUAUUUCGCCCGUCCCAGCAAAAUCGUCAAACCCAACAGUCGAAACAGCAGCCCGCGCAAUUUGGGUAGAAGGAAAACGACAUCCGCUGCUCCCUCUUCAUCGAGAACAAGAUCUGUUGUCGACCAUCUUCGCUCAAACUCUCAGUGGCAGAACUCAACAGCGGCACGAUCCCGGCCGGUUAGUUGGCAUCCAGACUAUUUCGAGGCAUCAAAUUUCAAUCCAAGUCCUACCGUCAAUGGAGGAGAGUCGUCGUGCUGGGGUUUCUCGACGGCUCAGGUGAACGGUCUCAUCACCCCGGUCGCCUACACUCCGAUGAACGAGCCCCAGAUCCAGGAACUCUUCACACCCCUGGACGAUCUUCCAGGCAUGGAUCCGAGCCUGUCGUACGACGGCCGAGAGUAUUGCCGACAGACAUGGACCGGCCAAAGCAAGCCCGAUCCUUACUCUCUUCCUCUGUAUGCCCAUGUAUCUUCAACGCAACCAUCAUGGCAAGUCAACCAUAUGGCGAUGGACCCAAAUGUCCAAACAGCGCCGUCCUCUCCGGAUUGCCUGCCGGUGCAGAACAUUGGGCUCGACACCCUGUCGCUUGGCAAUAUUGAGACGAAGUCGAAGGAUAGCUCGGAGGAACUGGUUGCCAUGGGUCUCUAUGACUCUCCCGCCGAGGUUCAGUCAUCGUCCCUCUUGUUCGGUGGAGUUCCAGGCUCAGUGGGAAAGUCGUUGAAACUCGCAGAGUCCUUUGAGCCGACAGAGCAGGAAUGUGACGAUGAGGAAGAAGAAGUCGACCAGACCGACGACGACGACGACGACGACGACGACGACCAGAAAGACAUCAAGCAGGAAGAAGCGGAUGAGAAGUGGCAUAUACCUGCUGCCACUGACUACGACUCACAGUCCAUUGCGAGCCAUCUGACGUAUGGCAUGCAGCCACGACCGGAGCCUCUGGCUACCCAGUAUUUGGCGACUUUGAGGCAGAUGAACAGCGCCUACUAUCCAGCAGAAUAUACCAGUCAUGAGCCUGGUUAUGGGUGGAUUUGA